AUGGCAACAUUCAAUGAGGACAAAGCCAAAAUGUUAGAAAAUCUGAAAUAUCUAGAUUAUAUAGAUUGUAUGGAACAAAGAAGUUGGAGGAUUAUUUCUCCAAGAAGAAAUGACCUUGAACAAUUGGACGAUUACCACUUUCUAUGUCGAUAUCGUUUGCCAAAAGAGAGCGUAAGAAAUCUACUAGAACGAAUUGGUCACAAUUUAGUUUCAACAUCAUCGAAAAAUUAUGAAAUGUCGCCGAUGGAACAACCGUUGUUGGCUCUACGAUUUUGUGCCACAGGAACAUUUCAGUUGGUCAUAGGCAAUUUAAAUGAUUUAAGUCAAUCAUCUGUUUGUAGAGCGAUUAAUAGAGUCAGUUUCUUAAUUGUUCAAAUCUCAGCAGAUUAUAUCCAGUUGCCUAAAACAGAAUCUGAAAGGAAGCAAAUAAGUCAAGACUUUUUUCAUUUGAGUGGUUUUCCAUGUGUGUAUGGAGCCAUUGACUGCACCCACAUUCCAAUUCAGUCACCAAAAGGAGAAAGUGCUGAAUAAUUUUGAAAUAGAAAAGGAUAUUUUCCUAUUAAUGUUCAGACAGUUUCAGAUAGCCAACUUAAAAUCAGAAAUAUAGUACCUAGAUUGCCAGGUAGUUCUCAUGAUAGCACUAUACUUGCCGAUAGUCAUCUGUGUAUAGUUUUAAAUGAUCAUGUAUAUUUCAAAAUUAAUAUAAAUUAUUUUUUCUUUGAAAGAUAUAACAGAUGCCACAUAAAAGCACGGAACACAGUGGAACGGCAAUAUGGUUUGUGGAAACGACGUUUUCCCUGUUUGUCAGUAGGUUUACGUUGCAACCUACAAAAUGCUAUGGCUGUCAUAGUUGCCACUGCAGUGCUUCAUAACAUUGCAAUUUCACAUGGAAAUAUGACAGUUCCAACAAAAUUUGAUAUUUCCAUGAAUGAUGAUGUUCCGGUGCCUGUUGUCAGAAGUCAGAAUGCAGAGCUGGAUUUGAAAAGAAAAAUGCAUUAAUAGCAGAUUUCUUUAGAAUUUAACUUUUGAAAUGUUUGCAUAAUCUUUUAAGGUUAUGCAAACAUAUUUCAGACAUUAUUAUUAAAUUAAAAGGCCCUUUUCAGGGCCAUAAAUUUUGCUUAAGAGUUAACUAAAUCAAUAUAAGUAAAAAAUUUGGC